GCAAACUAGUAACUGUCAGUGUGCUGUCAACCUACUUUAAUAUUUUGAAAAAAAGAUUUUCUAUGAAAUAAACAUUACAAUCAAUAAUAGUAUCAUGAACCCAAAUAAUAAUUCUGAAGAACCUAUUAUUAAGAAACGAAGAAUCGAAAAUGAAAGUUCAAAUUUUACGACGGAAAUUUUCCAACCUGAAUCUGAACCGGGAAAUACGGAGCAAAAGCGAAAUAAAAUACGUGUUCGCAAAAAGCAGAUUCCUAGGUUUCGAUUAAUUACUACUGGGAUUAGUGCUUUGUUGACUACAUCUUUACAAGAUCGAGUACCUUUAACUCUUACAGAUAUACAACAUUUAUUGUUGUACUCAUUACUAGGUAACCUCAACUUUACGCAACCACCGCGCUGGUAUGUACUAGACAAAUGUAACCACGUAAAACAAACUACAUGUCUUAUAGUGGAAGGAAUCUCUAUAAAGCAUUGGGAAAUGUACCAAGACAGCUUGACUACAACCAAAAAAAUAUUUGAUAAUGUAGUGGAGAUUCUUACUCCAUCUGUUUAUGGUGGCUCUUUGGUUAAGGAGCUAGCACUAGUUCCCCUUUCGGAAGCUGACAAGGAAAGCUUGAUACAAAAAUAUGGCAGUAUUAACUUGGCCCUGGAGGUUAGGAAAGACUUGAAUGUUAUGAUGAAAGCUGUUUUUCCUAUUAGUGAUGAAGUAUCAGACACAUUUGAUAAAAUCACCUUAGAGGAGAAAUUCCCAAGAACACAGUUAAUUCUUUCAGCUUGGCAAUUAAUAGAGGACAACUAUCCAGUUCCUUUAAAAGGUAAAUUAAAAGCUAUUUAUACUGAUUAUGUUUUAUCUAAAGAUGAAUAUAAACCUGUAACAGUCAAAUCACCAAUGUUCGGAUUAGACUGUGAGAUGUGUCUCACAGAGGCUGGUUCAGAGCUAACUCGUGUAUCUAUAGUCAAUGAAAAACAUGAAACAAUAUAUGAGUCUUUAGUUAAACCCUUUAAUAAAAUCACUGACUACUUAACACGCUAUUCUGGUAUUACAAAGACAAUACUUGAAAAUGUGACUAAGAGAUUGGAAGACGUUCAACAAGAAUUACGUGAAUUACUACCUCCAGAUGCAAUUUUGGUUGGCCAGUCUUUGCAAACAGAUCUACACGCCUUAAAAAUGAUGCACCCCUAUGUAAUAGACACUAGUACAAUAUAUAAUUUUGCUGGUGAAAGAUCGCGAAAGCCGAAACUAAAAGUGUUAGCAAAAGAAUUUUUGAAAGAAGAUAUUCAAAACAGCAAGUAUGGUCACUGUUCAGUUGAAGAUUCUCUUGCUUCAUUGAAGCUUGUUCAGUUAAAGCUUAGCAAAAGUAUGGAAUUUGGAGAUGCUGUACAUACUAACAGACAGCAGUAUAGAGAAAAUGUUAUUAAGAAGACAACACAGCAGCAGUAUGCUAUGUCCAUCUUUAAUCAUAUAAUUGAUCAGAGAAAAACUUCAGUAGUUAUUGGCUGUGACAAUAUUACAGGUGAUUAUCACACUUUCUUAACACAAGCAAAAGAAAAUCUCAGCAAUCAAUUGAAAAAAGGGAAAACAAAGAAGGUUAAACUAAAUACUGUUGAUAGAAUGGAUGAUGUUAUCUCCAAUAUUAUUAAAGCUGAAACUGACUAUAAUUUAGUUAUGGGCCAUCUAAAAAUAGACUCUAAUUGUGCUAAUUUAGAACUUAUGCAAACUAUUGACAAAUGGAUAGAGAAAAUAUGGAAUAGUGUUCCAGACACAGCACUAUGUGCUAUUGUGUUUGGUGGCACUACAACUGACAAUGGUGUGGCAAUGUUGAGAGUGAAAAGUACUGAGAGAUCAUACUGAAUUUGUUAUAUAGAAUAUUGUCUAGUUUUUAAGGUAUGUACAUUUAUACAUAUAAUAAUAAUAAUAUUAUAAAACUGU